GCUCCUUUCUGGUGACAAAUCCGUCUCUCGAGUCCAAGUUAAAUGCAAGACACGGUGGACAUGGCGGACGACCCCGACUACGAAGAGGAGGAGCCCUCCUUCAGCGACCCGGAGGACUACGAGGAUGACGUCGACGACGAGGAGAUGCUGGAAGACAUCCUGAGGGAGAAGCCCCUGGAGGCCGACGGCAUCGACUCGGUGGUGGUGGUCGACAACGUUCCCCAGGUGGGACCGGAGCGUCUGGAGAAACUCAAGAACGUCAUACACAAGAUUUUCUCCAAGUUCGGCAAGAUCACUACGGAGUUCUACCCAGACGCCGAUGGCCUGACCAAAGGUUACAUCUUCCUGGAGUAUGCUGCUCCCACUCAGGCCCUCGAGGCAGUGAAGAAUGCAGAUGGUUACAAGCUCGACAAGCAGCAUACGUUCAGGGUCAACCUCUUCACCGACUUUGACAAGUACAUGACCAUCAGUGAUGAGUGGGAAACUCCAGAGAAGCAGCCAUUCAAAGAUUUUGGCAACAUGCGCCACUGGAUCGAGGAUCCCGACUGUCGUGACCAUUACAGUGUGAUCUACGAAUCCGGCGAGAGGACAGCCAUUUUUUCCAAUGACGCCAAGGAGCCAAUCGUAGCCGAAGAGAGAGCACGCUGGACCGAGACGUACGUGCGCUGGUCUCCCAAAGGCACCUAUCUGGCCACAUUCCACCAACGUGGCAUUGCAUUGUGGGGCGGCGAGAAGUUCAAGCAGAUUCAGCGGUUCAGCCAUCAGGGCGUGUCCCUCAUCGACUUCUCACCGUGUGAGAGGUACGCGGUUACCUUCAGUCCACUGAUGGACACCAAGGAGGACCCACAGGCCAUCAUCAUCUGGGACAUUCUGACGGGACAGAAGAAGAGAGGCUUCCACUGCGAGAGCUCGGCACACUGGCCCAUAUUUAAAUGGAGCCAUGAUGGAAAGUUCUUUGCCAGGAUGACACCAGACACGCUGAGCAUCUAUGAAACUCCAUCAAUGGGCUUGCUCGACAAGAAGAGUCUGAAGAUCACCGGGAUCAAGGACUUCUCGUGGUCUCCCGGUGACAACAUCAUAGCGUUCUGGGUCCCCGAGGACAAAGACAUCCCAGCCAGAGUGACCCUGAUGCAGCUGCCUUCCCGUCUGGAGAUCAGGGUCCGCAACCUCUUCAACGUUGUCGACUGCAAACUGCACUGGCAGAGGAACGGCGACUACCUGUGUGUGAAGGUGGACAGGACUCCUAAAGGAACACAGGGUGUGGUUACCAACUUUGAAAUCUUCCGCAUGAGAGAGAAGCAGGUUCCUGUUGAUGUGGUGGAGAUGAAGGAGGGCAUCAUCGCGUUCGCGUGGGAGCCCAACGGCAGCAAGUUUGCCGUUCUCCACGGAGAGCCUCCCCGGAUCAGCGUCUCAUUCUAUGACGUCAAGAACAACGGCAAGAUCGCUCUCAUGAAGAUGUAUGACAAGCAGCAGGCCAACAGCAUUUUCUGGAGCCCCCAGGGACAGUUCCUCGUGCUGGCGGGACUCAGGAGUAUGAAUGGAGCUCUUACCUUCGUGGACACGUCGGACUGCACCAUGAUGAACAUCGCGGAGCACUACAUGGCCUCCGACGUGGAGUGGGACCCGACCGGCCGCUACGUCGUCACCUCCGUCUCCUGGUGGAGCCACAAGGUGGACAAUGCAUACUGGCUGUGGACGUUCCAGGGUCGUCUCCUUCAGAAGAACAACAAGGACCGCUUCUGUCAGCUGCUGUGGAGACCCCGACCUACUACCCUGCUCGGCGUAGAGGAGAUCAAGGUGAUCAAGAAGGAUCUGAAGAAAUACUCAAAGAUCUUUGAGCAGAAGGAUCGUCUGAGCCAGUCCAAGGCCUCAAAGGAGCUGGUGGACAAGCGCCGGACCAUGAUGGAGGAGUAUCACAGCUACAGGGAAACGACGCAACAGAUGUAUCAGGAACAGAAGAGCGCCCGCCUGGAGCUCAGAGGAGGAGUGGACACGGACGAGCUGGACAGCAACGUGGAUGACUGGGAAGAGGAGACCAUUGAGUUUUUUAUCAACGAAGAAAUCAUUCCCAUUGGAGAUCUGUAGUCCCCUACGCAGUCGUUCCGUUUUUGUGUGGAAGGAGGAAGCGAGAGGAGAAACUGCGUCAUUGAUUGGAGAAGGACGACGACCACGCUGUGAAUCUUGAGGUUCAUCACAAGCCUCAACCUUCCGACGUUAGCCACAUCAUCACAAGCGGCGACGCCACAUCAAGCGACCAGAGAGGAUCCUCCGCGUCGGACAUUCUCUCUUUGUCUCUCACCAUCAUCAUCCCCCCCAUUGGUUUUUAUUUUUCCCCCUCCUCUGCGGAACUUUAUUCUUAGUAAUACUGCUUCUAUUUUUCCCUUCAUUAAUUGGAGUCACUCGCUCCGAUCUGUCUCUGAACUCGCCUCGCCAUGCCAGCGUGUCAUCACCGGGCGGCACAGAGAGCGGAGCCCGCGCGGGGCGGAGGCGUUGUGACUGAACAACAAGAACACUUGUUGAUUAAUGUGUUGAUGUGGCGCUACAGUGGCCUGUAUCCUCCUCCUUUCAGACUCGGCUUUCACACAGGGAGGGGUUGUGCAGUGGGAGUAACUUUAAUUAAACAUUCAAAGUCAUUACUUACCUGA